AUGGCUAAGGUUGGCGGCCCGACUAACUGCGUUGAAGUCUCCACCACCCGUGUGGGGCUCCAAUGGUAUAUUGGCGCAGGGGCUGGAAGGUAUCCUACUGCUAACUCGGUGGUCAGCGAUGUCCUUGAGGCAGUGGACAACUGCAAUGCCGGCAUUGGGUUCGCCUCCCCAUACGGACGUCGCCAGCUCAACUGUGAGGUUGCCAGCGAUGUCCACGCCAUUGCUUAUGCUCGAGUGGGAAACAAGAAGGCACUAUUGGAGGUGUUGGAGGAGAAGGGCGUUGAAAUAGAAGCCACGCCAGACGAUGUUAUCAUGACUAAGAGUCCCGUGAGUCUAACACAGCUACAGCAAGCCUCGCCGAUGGUGCUCAUGCCUGUACUUGCCUGA